CACAUGCACUCACAUACAUACACACACUUAAACAUACACAUAUUAUUACAAAGAGAAAGAAGCAAAUCCCCCAUGGUAGGCAUGGCCCUGGUGGAAAAGGAAGCAAAGCAGUGACUGGCAUCAUAGCCAGCACCCUCCAGGGCACAGGAGCUUCAGGUGGGUCCCCAGACAGGGCCAAUGCUCCUCUCAACUUCCAUGACCCAUCCUACCUCCCAAAGGACAGGCCAGCUGUGGGAGCAAAAGAAUUCAACCUCAUGGCACAGGCUCUGCCAGAUUUGAGCUGUGCCAAGUGCCUAGGCAGCACCAGUAUACCAGCUAUAGCCUGCCCUCGGGGGAGAACACCAGUGGUCAGUGUGAGGGGUAGGAGAGGUCUCUGAACUAUCCCAGUAGCCAAGUACAGAGUGGAAAGUUGAGGCCACGGAGAAGUGAGAUAGAUGGAAGGCAGGCAGACAGACCAAGUUGGAGGAAAGUUGGAGCAGAAGGCCUGGGCCCUGCUCCAGAAAACACUCCAAAAACUAUGUCUGCCUAGAAAAUCCCAGCCAGUCCUCAUGGUCUCCUGGGCCCCUGUACCUACUUGAUUAGCACCUGCUCCCAUGCCAGGUGGGAUGUCACCUGCUGAGGCUCCAGAGUCCCAGUGGGGGACCCAGCUUGCACAUUCGCCCUCAUCUGUGGCUAUGAGGCAGGCAAGGUUGGAAGGAUAUAGAUUAAUUAAUUAUACACGGCUCCUUGGAGGAGGGGCCAUCUAAGACAAGGCUAACCUGGCCAGCACUUCAGACAAGGUCAAGCUAAGCAGGGGCAGUGUGCGGAAGGCCUUGCUCAGGGCUCUCUGGCAAUGGCACUUACUGUGUGCCCUAGAGCCACUCACUCAGCCUCUCUGGGCCCCCCUAUACUCAUCUGGAAAGUCAGGAUUUGAACUAGCGCAAGGCUGUGGGAGGGUUCAGUUAGCCACAACAGAAGAGAGGGAUGGGAUGUGGCCAUAUCAGCUAUGACUCUACAGCUAUGAUCAUUUGUUGAUCCUGGGCCUAGGGCUGCCCUAGAGGUCAAGCCCACACUGGGCAGCCAAGUAUCUGACCUCUGCCUAAGCUAGAAUGUAGAAACUCUCCUCCAGCCCACCUGGGACCUGGAGGUAGGUGGAGACCCCACCACAUGACACCUCCUCCCAGGAGCCAGCUCCGUGUCCAGAGCAGCCUUUUAAGCCAAAGCAGGAGAUGUAAGUUAGUGGUGGAGUACUUGACUAGCAUGCUCAACGUCCUAGGUUCGAUACCAGGACCACAAAUGAAUACAAACACAAAACAAUUCCUUAGCCAAAACCAAGGUCAGCAAUGGAGUCAGGCUCCAUUGGCAGUGGGCCCUUGACCCCAGGUUAAUACUGGGGCUCAGGGUCAGCCUAUCCACUAUAUUUAGAACACUUUUCCAAAAGUGUCCCCAGGACCUUGCCCUGGCCUCCUGCUCCACCUUCCCUCCAACUUGGCCUGUCUGUCUGUCUGUCUGCCUCCCAGAAUGGAGGCCCCUAAAGUGAGUGCCUCUCACUAGUGCCGAAUGUAGCUGCUGGGGACCGCUCUGUCAGUCACACUAGUCCAGACGGAAGCCCAGGAGCCCUGCAAGACUCAUUCUGAGGAAGACUCAGAAACAGCCAAGCCAUCUAACUCAAACCUAAUGGGGCACCCACCAUGCAGGACUCUGGGACUCCUGGGGGGACGGUGAUCUGCUACAGCUCCCAGCCUCGCACGGGGCUACAAGGCAGACUUGAUGCUUACCUUUGGGUGCAGACGGUGAUUGUGUGGCUUCAGACCAACACUUCAGGGGUUCAAGGCCCUGGAGCCUUCCUUCUCUCCACGGCCCCUUCUGAAGUAAGAGCUUCAAGUAGGUCAGGGCUAUGAGUCAGAAACCAGCCUGGGACACUCAGGACCCAUCUGCUUCAGCCCAGAGGCUGCAUCUCAGGAUACACUCCAGCGGGUAGGCUGGAAGCCCCCGUGCAUGCCUUCCUCUUACCUCACCCUCUCAGAGGCUUGCCUGGUGGAGCCGUCAUCUUGGCCCUGGUGCUGAUGAUAGUGCCCUGAGGUUUUGGCAGCAGCUUUUAGGCCCUGAGUGAAGUCAUCAGCUGGAAUAGAUGUCCAAUGUAUACCUCUCUGCAUACUCACUCUGCUUCCCAGCCCACAUUUCGGCGUAGCACUGGGUUUUAGCACCCAGAGGAUGGCGAUGCCCACCUACCAUACUUGUCUGUGUGUGCCUAAUGUCCAGUGUGGGAACAGCUUGCAUGUGUAAGCUCUGGGGAUCCACAGUGUUCAGAUACACCUAUGUGCUCAAAGAUGAGACAUACUUGAAUUCAGGCUGCCCCUUGUCACACCCUGAAUGAAGCUGGGCCUCCAGGGGAGGGUGUGUGCUGGGUGCCUGCCAACCCUGAGCUCAGCCCAAGCUCAGCCUGAGUUUCUCCUGGGGCUGAAGAGCAGGUGCGUGCUAUGCCUGGGCCCAAGGGGUUGAUACAAGCAUUACCUGGCACAGUCUAGUCUCCUUCCCACAGGCCUGCCUGGCAGGUGUCACAGCCACAGUAGAUUGACUAGGCAGAGCCAUCCCGGGCUGCUUCCUGGGCCAGGCUUACAGAUGAUCAUGAACCGUGACAGCUUUACCCACACCAGCCCUGCAUUCUGGGACUCAGCUGCAAGGAUCGACAGAAUCUGAGCCUGGACCGCUGGCAUCCGGAACACCUGAUCUACUAUAUCAUGUGGCCAUCUGGUCAGAAGUAGCAUCUUCCCUGCUCUGGACAGAACCUUCACUACCAGACUCCAUAUUCCUGCUCAGCUAGUCCUGGACCUACAACCCACAGCCUUCGGGCUUCCCUGCUUUGAGACAUUUCAGCCAGGAUGAGCAGAACUCUCCGACCGUCAGCUAUGGGUUCCAGAGUGGGUGCCCUGGCAAGUCCUGGUCUCGCCCUCCUCCUGUCCCUCACCGCCCACUGCUCGGGUCCUCAGGCUAAAGGCUUGCCCAAGGGAGGACUGAAUGCAAGUGAAGCCAACACAUGGGUCAGGAACAACACCUCCCUCCUGCAAAACUUCUGGUGCUUGCCAGCCAGCCAGCUGCCCCGAGAACAGCUCUCCAGUUUAAUCAGAAGCCUGGCUUCACAGAGGGUUGCACUCAAAGCCUGGCAGCUCAGCUGCUUGGCCAACCUCGCUGCACAGCUGGGUCUCCAGGAUGACUUCGAAUUCCACCCACCCAACCUUCUACUUUUCUACGAUCUGAGCCAGGUGGGGGACACUAACUGCCGGGCCUUCAUUCACCAUGCUGCCCAAGGGGACACAGAACUGCUCACCAACUUGCCCAACCAGAGAGUUGCCCUGCAGCGCACAGCCUUGGCCUGUCUGGGCGGACCCCACCUACAGCUCAGUGCUUCAGACCUGUGGCUUCUUGGGGUCCUGGUGUGUGACAUGGAGGCAGCACAAAUUGUGACUGCAGACCCCAGUGUGCUGAGGAACCUGCUUCGCUGCCCAAGGCUUACUGUCAUGCAGACUGCGGCCCUUAACACCCUGCUGGCCAGUGGGAAGACGCAAAUCGGGCCUCCUGGCUCCUGGAACCUGCAGGGGCUACAGGCCCUCGGACUUCUGGCCACUUACAUCAGCCCCCACCUGUGGGAGAAGGUGCAGGAGGCUGUGGGCUUGGACUUCUUCCGCAGUGUGGUGGCUGCUUGCCGGGCAGGCCAACUGAGCAGGCACGAUGCCAGACGCUUCGUUGACAACUUCCUAGAGUCCAAGGCCACUUCAGUGUCCUCAAGGCCCAAGCGGCGCACAGGGAGAUCCUGUGUCCGUGGCAACAUCACAGCAGCCACCCUGCACGAUGACCUCUUCCUGGUGCACUAUGACUGCACCCAGCUGGAAUCCUGCCUAGGCACACGCGUGCUCAGGGCCAACCUGGACCCCUUGCUCCAACACCCGCUGCCUGCAGAGUGCCAGCGCGUUGUCAAAGCCAAGCUUACUCAGAUUUACCCACAUGGCAUCCCUGAGGACCAGCUGCACCUCAUCCCCUCGCUGGUCUACCUCUACUCCCUCGCUGAAAUAGGCCAGUGGAACAUCACAUCCGGGGACACAGUGAUGAUCCUGCUGGCCUCAGAUGCGGCUCUGGACAACCAGACGGAGGCAGUUCUACAGAGGUUCUUGGACCACAAUGGCAAGGUCACUGGAGCUCUUCUGGUGGCCAUCGGGGGUUCCCGUCUCUGCUGGAUGAGCCUCAAGCAGCUUCAGUUUAUCCAGCCCUCAGAGUUCCGGCUGGCCGGAGCUCCAGACAUCUCUCCCUGCCCCCAGAGUCGGAAGGAUGCGCUCUUUGUCAAGGCUCAUGAGGUCUUUAGGAACACCAGUAAUGUGGGAGAAUAUUACUACUUAAUCCGCCCCUACCUCGGUGGUGCCCCUUUGGAGGAACUUCAAUACCUGGCACAGGCCAACAUCUCCAUGGACAUUGACACGUUCACCAACCUCAACCCCCUGACACUGAAGGAAGUCCUCCAGUUCAUCUGGGGUACCUGUCACUCGCUGUGGCUCUGCCUUCCAGCCUUCUGUGGCUGCUACUGUGUCAGUUACCUUCGGGACAAAUGGCCACUGCUCACAGGACACUAGGGCCAAUGGCACUGGCCCAGGGCAGUUGGACCCCUGAACAUCAGAUUCCAGAGAAACGGAGCUGCUAGAUGGGACAGGACACCUGCCUAGGCUGAAGUACAUGUCCCCAGCCCCAGGGGACCUGCUGCUAUGUCCCCAUCCUAGGAGGCUGUCUCUGACUCCCAGGAUCUGAGCCCAUUCUGCCCAACUAAAAGGACAAAUUGGUAGGAGGAGACAGAGUCCAGAUCUUCUGGCCUAUUCCAAGAUAGAUGGGACUCGGUGUUACUUGAAUGUCACUUGCCCUCGAUGGCGGAUCUGAAUAAAGCACAAGGCCAUUGCACAAAGUGUCUCUGCUAGAGCCUU